CUUAUUGAAAUGGAAGACGUAGAAAGAAUGAUAAUUUCAGUAAAAGAAAGUAAUGAUACAAAACUUGGCUAAUUAUCUUUAAUUUCAGAAAUUAUUUUUUUAAUACAAAGGGAAAAAAUAAUAAAAAAAUAUCCAACUCAUUAAUUAAAUCUUUCUUCGGAAAUUAUUAAAGAACUGCAGCUUUUUUUCCAUUGUAAAAAACAUUAACUCAAAAAGAUAAUUAGGGAAAAAAUAAUUUAAUUUAUAACUUUAAUAAACAAAAAAUAAAUAAAUAAAUAUAAUUCUUUGUCACGAAAUUCUAUAUAAUUUCUAUAUUUUAAACUGUUGUAUUUUAAUUGAUUAGGUUCAUCAGACUGUACAGUAUGUAUCUCGAGUUUGGAAGACUUCAGUCUGCUGAACACAAUUUAUUUGACUUCAUCCAUCUGCUUGAUGGACAUUUCGAAUGACAGCACUUUUCUUCUCCUGAACUGUAAAGACAAUACCGUACACGUCAGAUCUUUGACCACCGGAUCCGAUGUCCAUUGUCUGCAAGGUUAUACUGGAUCAGUUACUAGAUUAUGUUUCGCUAAAGAUAGCUGCAGAUGCGGGGUUGGCACUAGUGAUGGCAAGUGUUACAUAUAUGACAUUCACUCUGCCACUCUAUUGCAGACAUUAAUUGGCCAUUCGGAUCCCAUUUCUGGGAUGCAGGCUCAAGAAAAUGAUCGGUUUCUCAUUAGCUCCGCUGGCAUAAAGAUCGUAGUAUGGAAUUUCAGUCCCAGAAAGAAAGAUACUCCCAUUCAUCAUCUAAAAACUAAAUUAAGAAAAGUCGACAGCCAUUCCGAACCGGUUUCCUGCGUAACAGUUUCUAGAGACGGAGUAUUUGCAGUAACAGGUUCUAAAGACUGUCAAGUAAAGGUGUGGCAUCUCAACACUGGAGAGAUUCACACUACUCUCGAAGGACAUUGUGCAGCUGUCACAUGUGUCGCCUUCUCUCCCAAUGGUUUGUUUGUCGUCUCUGGUUCCGAAGAUACCACCCUUAGGGUCUGGGGAUUGGCUGUCGGACUUGUCAUUUCUUCAUUUAAGGUAGGUGACAAUUCUCUAUUGUGAUAAAAACUGCUUUUAUUCAGAAUUUAGUAUAAUAAAAUGAAUUUAAAAGCAUUAAUAUUCUCAUCGAGUAUUUGGUAAAU